UUUCCUGAACUGGACGGAGAGGAAGAGAGGCGAAAUAGAGAUAUCGCUGGCCUGUGACUAUGUUGGUGGUGGAAGAGUCCAUCGCAAAGCAAGUCAUUUGGAACAGCUAAGAUCUUCUAUCAUUUUAUCAAUUUCUAUUUGGUGAGGAAUAGAGAGACAGUAAAGAAUCUAAUUUAUAGAGUUUUCUAUUUUUCUUCUUCAACUGGAUUCAUUUUUUGAUUCGAUCAGAAAAGGAGAUGAUUGAACCCUAGUUCUUACAGAAGAUAUUCCUUGGAAAAGAUUAGAUUGGAGACUUUCUGGUGUGUCCAUUCUCGUGUGUCUGCCCAUUUCCCUGCAGAGAAUUCUUUCCUGAAGUACUGAGCUAUGCUGGAUGAUGUUCCUUCUCAGGACAUGCCUGGUAUAAUGGAGUACAGAGGCUGUUAAUGAUGUGCCAUAAGACAGAACCAUGGAACAUAUAUCAGAGAAGAGGUAUCCAGUCAAUGCAAAAGAAUACAAGUUGUAUGAGGAAGUUGGUGAUGGAGUCAGUGCUACUGUGUACAGAGCUCUCUGCAUUUCAUUUAAUGAUAUAGUUGCUAUCAAGGUUCUUGACCUCGAAAAAUGCAACAAUGAUUUGGAUGGUGUUCGUCGAGAGGUACAGACCAUGAUCUUGAUUGAUCACCCAAAUGUAUUAAGAGCACAUUGCUCUUUUCCUAAUGGCCCCAACCUUUGGGUUGUGAUGCCAUAUAUGUCUGGGGGAUCAUGUCUUCACAUAAUGAAAUCUGCUUAUCCUGAGGGUUUUGAGGAACCUGUUAUUGCUACACUAUUACGCGAAGUUCUUAAAGCUCUUGUUUAUCUCCAUGCCCACGGGCACAUCCAUAGAGAUGUUAAGGCUGGAAAUAUAUUAAUUGAUUCUAGUGGUGCUGUCAAGUUAGCAGACUUUGGAGUAUCAGCAUGCAUGUUUGAUACUGGGGAUAGACAACGCUCAAGGAACACUUUUGUUGGAACUCCAUGCUGGAUGGCCCCUGAGGUAAUGCAGCAAUUGCAUGGAUAUGACUUUAAAGCGGAUAUUUGGUCAUUUGGAAUAACGGCUCUUGAACUUGCUCAUGGUCAUGCCCCAUUUUCAAAGUAUCCACCAAUGAAGGUGUUGCUGAUGACAUUACAGAAUGCACCUCCAGGCCUUGACUAUGAAAGAGACAAGCGGUUCUCAAAGUCUUUCAAAGAGAUGGUGGCUGCUUGCUUAGUGAAGGAUCCAAAGAAGCGUCCCAGUUCAGAGAAGCUUUUGAAGCAUUCUUUCUUUAAACAUGCACGUUCAAAUGAGUAUCUUGCACGAACCAUUCUUGAUGGCCUUGCCCCACUGGGUGAACGUUUUAGAAUGCUGAAGGCAAAAGAGGCUGAUAUUCUGGCACAGAACAAGGUAUUGAAUGGAGAUAAAGAGCAAUUAUCCCAGCAAGAGUACAUACGAGGAAUCAGUGCAUGGAACUUUAAUCUGGAGGAUUUGAGAUCUCAAGCUGCUCUUAUUCAGGAUGACGAUGGCAUUUCCAAUACAGAACAGCCAGAUGUGAGCAGCAAACAAAAUGAUGGAUACUAUGUUGCAAGUUCGGAGGCAGAAAAGCCAUCCCCUGAAACUGUCGGCCAUUCUAAUGUUACACCUAUUCAGGAGGAUGGGCUCAAUGAUCUUCAGGAUGUGGAAAAUUCACUUGCUUCAUUUCCUAUCCGUCCUCUUCAAGCACUUAAAGGUUGUUUUGAUGUUCAUGAAGAUGAGAUUAUCACAAGUGGCCCAAACUGGAAAGAUUCUAUCCAAUCCAAUUCUGAACAGUUUCAAGUGCAGUCAUUAUCAAUGGCAGAGCCAGAUGAUCAAGAAAUUAAAAAGUGUGAUGGUGAGAACCUGGAAAAAGGUAGCUCUUUACCAAAAUAUAUGAUUCCUGGACGCCAGAAGUUCUUCAGUGGUUCGAUCCUACCAGACAAUGUUCUUUCUCCUCAUAAAAAAGUUUAUGGGGAUGGGGACAGGGAUAAUGGACAUCUGAAAUCUCAAAUUGAGCGGAACUAUAGUGGUCAAUUAUAUCGUCAAAAGAGAGACAUGGAUAACAUUCCAUAUGCGGAUGAUGCAUCAGGAGCAGUCAUUCAACGCAAGGGUCGCUUUAAAGUAACCUCGGCAGAUCUCAGUCCCAAGGUAUACUACCUAAACUGCUAUAUCAAAUGUGAGAAAGCUUAUCUGUAGGGCUAGAAUCAAGUUAAUCAUCAGCAUUAACUCUGCUUAC